AAACACCAGCGAACGAAUAUGUGGGAAAGUUGAAUCAUUGAAUUGAACAACGCCUUUGCUCUUCAUUCUCACUAAUACUCCCUCGACAUACGCUAGCACCUCAAACUCUCGACCAUGUCGUCUUCUCAGACACGCAAACGAUCACAGCGACUGAAACUGCCGGGUGGAACAGCGACCGAGUCAGCCCGACGUCAGGUACAAGAAGUAGGGGCUAUAGCCCAAGAUGGUCUGAGUAGUGGGGCUUGGAUCUAUCCCCUUUUGGGUAUUUUGUAUCUGUUUUCUCACCCAACUUUGAUCAGACCACUGCUCCCCAUAAUAUUUAAAGGGAUUUUGAUGUCAGCGGGGGUGAUCGCGGCUCUGUUCGCAUUUGCUUAUUUGCCCCAAGUGGCAAUACUCGCGGUAAUCUCUGGACCUCUAGCCUUUGCUUUAGCGAUUCCCCUCAUUUUGGGUGAAGCCUUUGUAGUGGUCAUGUUCCUCACCAGAGGAAUCUUAGUGGCUCAGGCUACCGUCGACAUAUUCGAUGCGGUUCUUUUACAAAAAGGACAUUCUGUUUUAGUCGAAAAUGGUAGACAAGUUACCAACAAGGGGGGAAAGGUCAAACAGUUGGGAACUUUGAUGACAAAGCCUUUGUCCCGUUUCAAUGUCGACAGCGUUGUUCGUUAUCUUCUCACCUUGCCUUUGAACUUCAUUCCCUUGAUUGGAACUAUCUUCUUUUUAGGCUAUAAUGGCUACAAGGCAGGGCCUGGCUUCCACGCACGUUACUUUCAGCUUAAAAACUUCGAUAAGGAUCGUCGUCAGGCCUUUAUUAAGAAGAGGCGCGGUGCUUACCUCAUGUUUGGUACCAUGGCUAUGGCGCUGAAUUUAAUUCCCAUUGUGUCAAUUGUGUUCUCUUUUACUACCGCUAUAGGCGCCGCUCUGUGGGCGGCUGAACUAGAGAGCAAGGGUAAGACGCCAACAGCAGUUUCUCAGAGCGAUGCGAACAAUUCAACUGGCCAGCAAGAGGAAAUAGAAGUGCAGCUUCCUGAGCGGGCCGUAAAUGACCAGAAGAAAGAAUUAUAAGACGCGGAAGUAUUGGUGAGGAUAUUAAUUCAAGAUGCAGUGUUAUUAUCUCGAAAUACGUCUUUGUCCUUAUGUCUCCACAGUGCUGGUGUCAUUCGCUUUCUGGGGGAGCGAUGAGCAGGCCUACACGCAGGCAGAUUUCCUUUUCUUUCUUCUCAGAAACCAGAUACUUUCUUAUGCAAGUUGUGCUCUGUACUUACAUUAUUACACGUUAUACCACCGACACUACUACUA